CCUCUCUGAGUACCAGGCAUCCCAGAAAGAGCUGAGAAGAGUGUUCAAGUUGUCUGUGCGUAUGUCCUCUCCUGGUCCCUACGUCGUUCUCUUUUGCAUUCGACCUGAACAACAUCUCAUCAAGUGCAGCAAGCAUCCUGGAACUCGUCACAAGGCAUUUUGGGGACAGCAUCUUGAACCACAUGAUGGUCGUGGUGUGUCAUGAAGAGGAGAAGGAGGAUUCAGCUCUUGAGGAGAAAGUCAAGACUAACAGAGACUUCAGGGAGCUCAUUGAGAAGUGUGGCCAAAGGCAUCACCUCUUCAAUGAGAGGAAGGACCGGAGAGAUGAGAAGGUUUCCAGACAGCUCCUUGGCAAGAUGGACGACAUGGUGAGGGACAACGGAUGCAGAUUCUACUCCAAUCACCAAUACCAGGAAGCUGUGGAGAGAAUCCAGAAAGAGGAGCGUUUCGUGAUGAAAGGGAGAAAGAAAGAGAUGCUGACAAAGAGGAAGGAGCUGGAGAGCAGUUACACAGGUGAAGGUCUUGAGAAGGAGCUGGAGAGCAGUUACACAGGUGAAGGUCUUGAGAAGGAGAUGGAGAGCAGUUACACAGGUGAAGGUCUUGAGAAGGAGCUGGAGAGCAGUUACACAGGUGAAGGUCUUGAGAAGGAGCUGGAGAGCAGUUACACAGGUGAAGGUCUUGAGAAGGAGCUGGAGAGCAGUUACACAGGUGAAGGUCUUGAGAAGGAGCUGGGGAGUAGUUACACGGGUGAAGGUCUUGAGAAGGAGCUGGAGAGCAGUUACACAGGUGAAGGUCUUGAGAAGGAGCUGGAGAGCAGUUACACAGGUGAAGGUCUUGAGAAGGAGCUGGAGAGCAGUUACACAGGUGAAGGUCUUGAGAAGGAGCUGGGGAGUAGUUACACAGGUGAAGGUCUUGAGAAGGAGCUGGAGAGCAGUUACACAGGUGAAGGUCUUGAGAAGGAGCUGGAGAGCAGUUACACAGGUGAAGGUCUUGAGAAGGAGCUGGAGAGCAGUUACACAGGUGAAGAUCUUGAGAAGGAGCUGGGGAGUAGUUACACAGGUGAAGGUCUUGAGAAGGAGCUGGAGAGUAGUUACACAGGUGAAGGUCUUGAGAAGGAGCUGGAGAGCAGUUACACAGGUGAAGGUCUUGAGAAGGAGCUGAGGAGCAGUUACACAGGUGAAGGUCUUGAGAAGGAGCUGGAGAGCAGUUACACAGGUGAAGGUCUUGAGAAGGAGCUGGAGAGCAGGUACACAGGUGAAGGUCUUGAGAAGGAGCUGGACAGCAGUUACACAGGUGAAGGUCUUGAGAAGGAGCUGGAGAGCAGGUACACAGGUGAAGGUCUUGAGAAGGAGCUGGAGAGCAGUUACACAGGUGAAGGUCUUGAGAAGGAGCUGGAGAGCAGUUACACAGGUGAAGGUCUUGAGAAGGAGCUGGAGAGCAGUUACACAGGUGAAGGUCUUGAGAAGGGGCUGGAGAGCAGUUACACAGGUGAAGGUCUUGAGAAGGAGCUGGAGAGCAGUUACACAGGUGAAGGUCUUGAGAAGGAGCUGGGGAGCAGGUACACAGGUGAAGGUCUUGAGAAGGAGCUGGAGAGCAGGUACACAGGUGAAGGUCUUGAAAAGGAGCUGCUGCAGUUUGAGACAAGGAUAAGAGUAGAGAACCGAGAGAAGGCUGAGAGGAAGAUCUCAGAGGUACUGGGAUUUACUCUCACAGCAGUUGACUAUGCUGCUGCAGUAGGUAAAGGGGCAGCUCUAGGGGCUUUAUGUGGAGCGGUCGUGGGGUUUGAGGGUAUGGCGGUGGGAGCCGCUUUAGGUGCCGUCGUUGGGGGGGCGGGGGGGGCAUAG